UUCGAAGGAGGUUAUCACGGCGUAGUAGUAAAGGUUCCCUCAGGAAGGCCAAGAGUUUAUCCUCCUUUGCUGUAGAUGCUAAGUACAAAGCCUCUCCCUAUAGUAGCCUGGUAGCUCAGACCCUGUUGACACAGCCCCGCCCCCGCCCCCCUCGCCCCAGCCUGUCUGAUGUGGAGGUGUGCGAUGAUGAGUCAGACCUGGACUCUUUCUUUGGCUACACCACUGAUGAGGAUGGGGACAGUGAUACCUUGGUGGGUAGUGAUAUUCAGUCCCUCUUCUCCGAGCAGGAGGAGGACAGUGAUGACUCUGCAGAGACCGUCACAGGUGUCCUCAUCCCCAGCGUGUACAGAGGCAACCCGUCAAACACCUCGCAAACAAACCCAUUAUUCAGAAACUCCAUUUCCUCAGUAGAAGAACUCCUCAUUACAAACAAAAGGAAUUCUUACAUCCUUGACAACCUUUCCUUGUUCAGUAAUGAGGAGUCAGUAGAUCCUGUAAAUGAUGCUAGUCCUCAGUAUUAUCAUGUUGAGAUGGAUGCUUCUCCAGCCCAUCCCAUGCUAGAUGUAGCCUCCUUAGCCUCCUCACCACCACAGAGGAGGAGAGGGGUGGUGCAAGGGGUGACUGACUUAGAUGCAACUUCCCAUGUUCCUAUUCCACUCCACAGGACAUGCAUGAUUUCAAGAGGGAAUUUGAGUUUAAUAGAUGUCAGCCACUUAGAUAUAGUUGACAACCUUUCCUUGUUGUCCAAUGAGGAGUCUGUUGACCCAGAAACUAUUGAACCAUGGGACACGAGACCCCAGAGUGACCAGAAGUCUCUCCCAGCACUGGGUCUUGAGUCUGGUGGUGACAGCUCAGCCUCAGGCCAGGCAGCAAGCAUGGCUCCUCAUUCUGUUUUGCCUCAAGUGCAGAUUUUGAAUGAAAUUUCUUGGGAUGGAAGUGACAGUGAGAGCAGUGACUCAGCCCUCACCCCCACCCCCCGAGCCACCCCCUGUCUCUCCACCAUGCUUGGGGACAUCUGGGAGAUGGAAUCCCGCACUGACAGUGAGUUUUCGAGCAUUCACUUGGAUGAUCUGGCAUUUGAUUCUGGUUUUGCAAGAUCCUGUGAUGGCAGUGAGCGAGGAUUCUCCCCUGAUGCUUGUGAUGGAGCUGUGGGUAGUCUUGAUGCUUAUGAUGGGACCCCAGCCAACCCUUCCAGUGUCUGUGGUGGGAUGCUGCCCAACCUUCCUAAUGUUUCUCAAGAGGCCAUGGCCAGCCCUCCCUCGGCUUCUCCUAUACACAGUUGCCAGCCAGUGUUUUCUUUGGUUGUUGAUAAAUCUUCCACAGUUAAAAUUGUUCCCAAAGAAAAGCCGAAAAUUCCACCAAGAAGUUCAUCACUUACAAAACUGCUGAGCUCAAAGCCACAGGGGGAACAUCCCCACGUUUUCCAUCCCCCAGUGGUGCGGCUGGUCUCUCACACCACAACCAGGGAGCACCACCACCACACCACCACACAAGACCAGCAUGCAGGGAGGCAACCACAACCAAAGCAAAUACAAGAAACUGCAAAUAAGAACUCUGAAGUCUUGUUAAGUACAAAUGUUGAUCAAACUAAUAAUGAAGUGUUGAAAAGUACAAAUGAUGAAACUAAGUGCAAUGAGGCUAGUGAUGAUACUUGUGGCCAUGGGACAAAUGUCAUGGGUGAACAAACACACAGUGAGCCAGUAGUCAUUAGUGGGCCAGACCUUCAUGGAAAUGCUGACCAUUACAUAAAUUCAGGUGCCAAAUUUGCAGAAACACAACAGGAUAAUGAUCUGUGGUCCAUGUAUAUAAUGAAAGACACUGAAGAGAGGAAAGAGACACAAGACAGGAUAGACACUGAGGGAAGAAUAGAGAUGCUAGAGAGAUUAAGAGAUGGAAGAAAGGAAACAGAAAAGAGAAUAGACAAUGAAAGGAGAAGGGAGACACAAGAGAGAAUAGAAACUAAAGGAAGAAAGGAGGAUAUAGAAGCUGAAGGAAGAAAGACAGAAAAAAGAAUAACCAACAAUAGGACAAAGGAGUCACCAGAGGAAAUACAAAAUGCUGAAAAUCUAGAGGACAGUAAUGCACAAGUUCAUGAGAAGACAAUAAAAGCUUCUCCUUAUGAUACAGACAUAACGAACAGUCUGAACCAAACCCUCAGUGGAUUGGUUAGCGUUCGCACCUCCAUCAGUAGUGACAUCCUAAAUGAAGCUUUCCUGGAGCUUUCAGACUGUGCUGCUGGCAUUGACAUUCCCACAGAUGCAUCACUUGAUGAGGCCUUCCUGAGAAUUGUACCCAGUGAUGACCUGAAUACACCAUUUACCAUUGAACCAAAAGAUGAAGUGUGUCAGGAGGAAAUACCUGUUGGCCUUGAGACGAACAAUUCAGGACAGACACACCAGAUUAGAGAUGAAAAUGUAAAGCAAGAUGAGAAAUUAGAGAAACAUUCAUGCAUAACUCCAGGCAAUGUAGAUGAAGAAAAUGACAAGUGUGUACAGUUAAUCUCAGACUUGCCUUGUGAUACUCAGGAUAAUGGCAAGUCUUAUGAUGUAGUUGAUAAUUGCUGCAUUAAUAAAACAUUUGAAGGGAGCAAUGGCCAGCCUCAAACACCCCAGGGAUUCACUGAAGGCUCAGGUAUGAUCAGGAAAGAAAAUACACUGAGAAUAACAAGCAGAAGAGAACAAGUUAUGGUUAAUGAGACACAGAGAAAUGAAAGUAAAUCAGUUGUUAGUCCCAGUAUGACAACAAGUGUUACAGAGAAAUCUAACACUAAGGAACAAGGUGAUGUGAGUGUUGGAUAUACAGACAUAAAGAAAAGUCCAUCAGAAGUUCAUAAUCCCAGCAUGACCACAAGUGUUACAGAAGAAUCCAAGACCAAGGAGCAAGAUGAUAUGAAAGCUGGACAUGUAAACAAAAGGGAAGCAACACACCCAUUCUUCUCCCUGCAGUCAUUCACAAGUCAGGAGGAAAAUAUAGUCAAGGUUAAGUCUGUUAGGGAUUUGAUAAAGAACUUUGAAAAGCCCCAAGUGUGCAGUUCUCAGUCCAUUGUGCCUUCAAAGCCAAGUCUCACCAGAAAGCCAGAGGUGCAGGCCAAGGCACCACAUGCUACCCUGCCACUGACGUCCAGAGAAGCAAGGAGGAGGGAUGUGAAGCCUCAGGAGUCUAGUAGCAAGGACAUAAUAAGUUCCCACAAACCUCCAUCAUUUGAUCAAGAAAUAGUGGAGGUGCCAAAGAAAUCAGUGUCUUCCAGUGUUUCUGAAUCAAGUCAGAGUGAGGCUGAGAUAAUAAACAAAACUAUCACAACACAAUAUACAGCAGUUGAACAUGAUAGGACAGGAAAGAGUUCUCUACCAGCUGACCUGGAAAUUGCAAAGCUUCCAAAGAAUUCAGAGUCUUCCAGUGGAUCAGAAUUAAGUGAAAAUGAGGCUGAAAUGGUAAGCAAAACCAUCUCAGUAGAAGAUACAGCAGUAGAAGAUGAUAAGAGAGAAAAACAUCCUCUAACAGCUGACCAAGAAGCAGUAGACAUCCUUCCUGUAGAGGUUCCACAGAAAUCUGAGUCUUCUGGUGGUUUUGAGUCAAGUGAAAAUGUGGCUGAAAUGAUAAACAAAACCAUCAAAAUGCAAGAUACAGAUGAAGAUGAUAGGAAGAAGAAAACUUCUCUACCAGCUGACAAAGUAUUAGUAAAAAACUUGAGUGAAUCAAGUGAAGAUGAAAAUGAAGAGAGGAAAACCACCACAGUUGAAGAUCCCACAGAAGCAGAUGAUGGGAUAAGAAAAAGCUCCCUGCCAGCUGACCAACAAAUAGUGGAGGUCCCAAAGAAAUCUGUGCCUUCCAUUGUCUCAGAAUCAAGUGAAAAGGGAGACAAAGAGGAAGGGAAAACUGUCACUGUCCGAGAUAAAGUAAAUGCAGAUGAUAGGAUAGGUAAAAGCUCUUUACUAGCUGACCAAGAAGUAAUAAAGGUUUUAAAGAAAUCUGAGUGUUCUAGUGUCUCAGAAUUUAGUGGAAAUGGAGAUGAAGUGGAAAAGAAAACAGUCAAUGCUCAAGAUAUGGCAAAUGAUGACAAUAUGAAAAGUUUGGCAAAGACAGAAGCACUGAUUGAGGAAGCUGUUGAGUUGCCUUCAGGGAUUAGUGUUAGUGUGGCUCCUCAAGAUGCAAAUUCUCAGUCAGUGCAGCAUUUGUCUCCCAUUGAUUCUGAGCUGAGUGACAAAGUUGAUGUGAAGGACUCAGAGGAGGAUGUAAAUAUUGAAAGUGUGACAGAUGAGGAUAAAGUGAAUGUAGCAGAUGUAGAGGAUGAAGAACAAAGUAAUUACAGUAGAUUACACACCAGAACAAAUAAUAACAUCCCUACAACUCAGUGUAAGGAGGAAGUUGGAGGGAUGGAACAAAAAUGGGAGGAGGAGGAACAGAGUGCAGUAGAGAUAGAAGAACAACAAAGUGAAAAUGAGAGGACUGACAACAAAGAGGAAGACCGAGAAAAUAAAGCAGAGAUAGAGGAGGAACAAAAUGAAGACCAAGGCAAUACAGUAAGACCUUGCCCACCAGAGAGGACACUUUUCAUGAGUAAGAACAACCCAGCUCGUUUCAGCGUCCGUAGGGAGGCACAGGGGGGAGAGGAACAAGCUGCACCCAGGGAGAUGCCAACUAAGGCCCCUCGUCUCUCUAAAAUGAACAGCAUUGGAGAUGACAACAACAACAUCGUCAUCAACAGCAGCAGCAGCAGUCUGAAUAGAAGCCGAGUGCGUGUGCCUCUAGUAGACCUGAAUGAGAGUACAGAUAGUGAAUACUGCUUUAUAGAGAGGCUGCUGAAGGGCCGGAAGUCGCUGGGUCCAAGUAGUGCAACCAGUAGCUUAUCCUCUCACAGCAGCUCAGAGUGCGAGAGCUUCCAGUCACUGCCGAGUGGGUGGAGACACUGUGCCCCAUCUGGUGUGGGGUGCAGAGAAGGCAACCACUACGGGACCCCCAAGCCCCCCUCUCUUCCCCCCGACCACCUGGCCCGCACCCCCUCCGGCGGGUCAGUGCUGCCUGGUGCCCACCCGAGCUCCGAGGGCAAGCGGCGGCGCAACCGUUCCAAUGUAGAAGCAAUGGCUGCCAACACCAGCAGCAGCGAGGGACCCCCCGAGGUCCCCAGCCACCCCCACCCCUCCCCCGGCACCCAUUACAACUCCAUGGUGGGGGAUGAGUCUGGGAUGCAGAUGCAGGUCCCAGACUCGCCCACAUCAGGGGAGCUGGGGCCCCUUCCCUACAACUGGGAGAAAGCCUACACAGAGAAUGGGGAACCUUAUUACAUUGAUCACAUAGCGGGCACGUCAUCUUGGCUGGACCCCAGACUAGCGCGGGUACAGAAACGCAGCGCUGAGGAGUGUGGGGAGGAUGAGUUGCCUUUCGGGUGGGAAAGGAUUGAUGACCCACAGUACGGCAUUUACUACAUCGACCAUGUGAACCGCAAGACGCAGUACGAGAACCCCGUGAUGAUGGCCAAGAAGCAAUCCAUCAGCCCUGCCCAAGGUGGGGGCAGCAGUCCUGGAGAGGGUGGUAGCAACACUUUUCCCAGACAAAAGAAAUCAGCAGGUGAUGGGGUGGCAGGCGGCACUGGCAGCAGUGGUGGUGGUGGUGGCCCAGGCACCACAGAAGGCACCGCACCACCCCCAGGUGGAGGACACAAGCGCGCAAACAGGCUCAUGGUGUACCUGCCCUGUUUACCGUGCUUGGCAUCUGAGGGGAAAGACUCUAAGCUGCAGGCGCAGGCGCAGCAAGCAAAUAUUCGGGUCCACAACCGCGUGGAAAGAAGCUCCCUCCCUCGUCCCCGCUCUCUCUCUCCUAAUCACAAGCACCCAGAUGUUUCUCCCAAGCACUCAAAUCUUAGCAAGCAAAAUAUUGUGAUAUCAAACCCCAUGGACCCUGUCCACCUGGCCAGUGGCACUCCCUAUCGAGCCAACAACCUGUCCCCAAGCCCUUCCACCUCCAAGCCAAACAACCUUGCCCUUUCCUCAAACAAUCUAUACACAAGUGAUCCAAACAUUCCUGCCAGUAAACAAAACAAUGUCAACGUAAACCAAAUAUCAUCACUUAGUCAGGGACUCAAGACUCAAGAAGUCAAAAACCCAACCUUCAAUCAAACAAUUGUACCAAACUUUGCCAAACCUCACUUCCCAAACUACCAAACCAUUGCCCCAUCCUCCCUGCACCCUAGGAUACCUCAGGCCUCCUCCUCCCCCAAGGGGCCAACUCCCACAUACAGUAGAUCCCACAGCUCCCCUAGUGGCACAUCCAGCCCCUGGCAGAGUCCUGGUCAGUCCCUCAUUCCCCGAGGCACCUGGAACUAUGCCUCAACUCCAUUCUCCACCAGCACUCCACAGUUUCCCUCCCCCAGACCUUACUCCCUCACUCGCUUCCUGUCCAGCAGCCCCACUGGCCAGGAUCUUUACCCCACCAUCCAUCACCAAAGAUCUUACUCCAGCUACCACCCCUACACUGCCUUCACCCCCUCAGCCUCCCCUCUCUACCUCCCCUCCGAGGACCCUGUAGUCUCGUCAGUCGCCCUAAGGCAGACAGAUCGCUCGAACCAGAGUGUGGUGUUCACCCGCAACCCAGCAGAGCUGCAGGGGGAGUUCAUCCGCACCAGCCUGGUCAAGUCCUCACGUGGCCUGGGCUUCACCAUUGUGGGCGGCGAUGACAAUGAGGAGGAGUUCUUGCAGAUCAAAAGUGUGGUGCCUAAUGGGCCAGCCUGGCAGGACGGCAAGCUGAGGACUGGUGAUGUGCUGGUGUAUGUGGCGGACACUUGUGUGCUGGGCUACACCCAUGCCGAUGUGGUCACCAUGUUCCAGAACAUUGAUCCUGGCAGGACAGUCCACCUGGAGGUGUGUCGGGGCUACCCCCUCCCCUUUGACCCCAAUGACCCCAACACGGAGAUUGUGACCACAGUGGCAGUGACUUCGGCUGAUGCGCGCUCCUCUAAGUCAGUGUUUGGUGAGGGCUAUGAACGGUCCAGGAACAAUUCCAGUGAAAGUAUGAACACUGCAAAGUCCAUGCCAGACUUGAGCAAUCCCGAGCGAGUGCAGCAGGUGCCCAGGCCAGGCAGUGCCGACCUCCUCAGUUCAGAAAACUUUGACAACACUCCCGACAUUCUUGACUUCUAUCCAUCAGGGAUGAGCAAACCAGAGUACUUGACUAUACCUAUUGUGAAGGGCACCAAUGGUUUUGGGUUCACCAUAACAGACAGUGUGUAUGGACAGAAAGUGAAGAAAAUACUUGAUCGUGGGAGGUGCAAAAAUCUGAUGGAGGGUGACAUUCUAGUGGACAUAAACAAUAUCAAUGUGAAAGGAAUGAGUCACACUGAGGUGGUGCAGGUGCUGAAGGAGUGUGCGCAGGGGCAGGAGGCAGUGGUGAUGGUGCAGCGGGGUGGCCUGGCCUCCCCAUCCAAGGCUAGGCUGCGCAAGGACCAGUCCACCAGCCCCAAGAAGAGUGGUGCAGCUACCGGCCUCUUCAGGAGCAAGACCCCAACGGCAGACAUGUACAGCUCACAGCCCAAGGAGGUGAUCCCCAACCGGCCAAAGACUCCCCUGGUAGACACUCGGAACCGCCCCAAGACCCCGAAUGUGAUGGGCGGGACAGAUCUCUCAGGGGCUGGUGAUGUGGGACGGCAGGGAGAGGGUGUGGAGUACCGGCCACCUUACCCCCCCACCUCCACCCAUGUGCCGUACCCGGGGGCAUUCUCCUACACCGGGGGGCAGGUGGAAUCCCAGUACGACACGAAGGUGAACAACAUGACGGCUCAGAUGGGUCAGGUGAGCCUGGAGCAGAACAGCUAUGAGAAUUACCUGGGUGGGGAGUCUCAGGGGUACCGGCCAGAUGGUCCCCUCCUGCAGCAGAACAGCUAUGGCUACCACCAUGACCCCUACCCCACCGAUCCCUACUACCAGCAGCAGCAGCAGGCACAGAAUGCCGAUGAAGCCGAGAUGAAACGCAGCCAUGCUAAGACACCCACCAAGGAGUACAACGCCCCCGGGUACUCUGGGCACUACCCGUACUACACCGACAACACAACCAACACCAACCACCACCACCACAACAAUAACAACAACAACAACAACCACCACCACAACACCAGCAUGGAGCACAAUUCUGGAUACGGCUACAUGCAAUACACCAAGGACACCUACGACCUUCCCCGCCAGGACUCUGGCUACAGCUCUCAGGCUCAGGUGCCACCCGCCAGGAACCCCUACCCUCCCUACUACGGCCACAACAACUCCGCCGGCUACAACAACCAGGUGGAUAGUCUUGGCAGGAGGAAGGAAUCAACGAGCUUCGAAUACGAACAUCCAGCCCCAGUCAGCAUGCCCAGAUUCCCUGAUGGCCGGUACAGUGUCAAUCCGCGGCUGCCAACGAGUGGGUCUAAUGGUAACCUUGGCUAUACAGAGUUCUCUGUCGUCCUGAAGAAGCAGGACACAGGCUUUGGCUUCAGGAUAGUGGGAGGCACUGAAGAAGGCUCCCAGGUAUCCAUUGGCCACAUUGUGCCUGGAGGUGCCGCUGAUCAGGAGGGCAGCGUGACCACCGGAGAUGAGAUCAUUGGAGUGGAUGGGGAGAUGGUGCUGGGGUCCAGUCACCGCCAUGUGGUGGAACUCAUGGCUGGGGCCUCUGCCCAGGGCCGUGUCACCCUCACGCUGCGCCGCCGCACCUUCACUCCCACUGAGCUGCACAACCGCUCACUGGAGAUGCAGUUCCCAUACGACAUCACCGUCACCAGGAGGGAAAAUGAAGGCUUUGGAUUCGUCAUCAUCUCAUCAGUCACAAAGUCUGGCUCCACUAUAGGCCGCAUCAUUGAAGGCAGCCCAGCAGAGCGAUGUGGAAGACUCAACGUUGGCGACCGGAUUCUGGCCGUCAAUGGGGUGGACAUCAAGACUCUCCACCAUGGCCACAUUGUCAACCUCAUCAAGGAGUCCGGCUAUUCUGUCACCCUCACCAUCGGCCCACCACGGGAUGAUGCCUCGAGCACCACCUCCAACUCUCAGCGGAGCUCUCAGGGGUCCAUGAUUCUGGCUCAGGCCACACCAGUCUCGGCCCCACAAACCUCUGGCCUGCCAGCUCACUCCUCCACCAAGGCGGAGAGUGAGGCAGGAGAGGAUGGGGAGUACUACGGCGUGGAGCUGCAGCGAGGCACACGAGGCUUUGGCUUCAGCAUCCGUGGUGGCCGGGAGUUCCACAACAUGCCGCUCUUUGUUCUGAGAAUUGCAGAGAAUGGUCCUGCAGCUGAGGAUGGAAAACUUAAGGUUGGAGACCAGCUGAUGGAGAUCAAUGGGAGGUCAACCAAGGACAUGACACAUGCUGACGCCAUUGAACUGAUCAAGCAGUGUGGCAACAGCGUGUCCCUGCUGGUGAAGCGUGGUGGCAAGCUGCCCCAACAUCUGGACACGAUGAACCCGAACAGUCUGGGGUCGCCAGUCGGGCCACCACCACCAGGAACCAACAUCAGAUCAACAGCCACACUGCCACCCCCCUCUCCCGGCUCUCUGGGGCCCCCCUACCCUCCCCAAACCCUCUCAGGCCCCCAAGGUCCUCCCUAUUACUCCCAUGGGGGGUAUAAUGCCUUGCCCACCACCUCUGCUGGGUACCCCCCUGUUUACCCCCACAAUGGAGCAGUUAGAGGACCUCAGCCUCUCCACUCCUCCCCUGCUACACAAUACCCUCCCCCACUCACCCCUAAUGGUCCACUAAGUCAGUCUUCCCCCAGAGUGAUGGCCAGCGACAGUUACUACUGGAACCGUGUGCCGGACCACAGGCCAGCGUAAGGCGAUGCAAUAAUGAGAACAGUGGAUCAAAGACAACCAUUUUUAGAGACAAACAUAUGUGAUCAGGCAGUGAUAGUCACAAAAAACACUUAAGUUGUAAGGUUAAGUGUGGGGCUGAAGGUCCAGUGGGAGGCAACGUGGACCACCAACCACCACCUCUGCUCAGUGCCUCCAGUGUUGGUAGGGGACCAUAUAUACCUUCAUGGCUACACCUCUAUAAUGAUGGCUGUUCUAUGUGAUCUCCUCAUCCAUAAUCCCUUGCUGUGUUGCCUAGUUGAAGUUUUCGUUUUGAAAACUUUUAAAUUAGGCGAUGGUUUUGUAAUCUGACUUCAUUUUAUGUUAAUGUAGCUGUGUUAAAUGAAUUUGGUCCUUUUACUCAACAGGAUCAUGACCAAAGUGACCUUAUUAUACAAGACUAGGACCCGUGCUCAAUGCAUUUUUAUGUCAAAUAAAUAUUUAUAAUGUUAAACUCAAAUUUUGGUAUGUUUUACAGAGAGCAUAUGUCUGGAUGCUGGUGGCCCUUUGCCAUUUUAAUGCAUGUGUACAUACACUUAGUUGACAUUGCUUAGUACCACAUGAGGCAGUCUGUGUGGGGUUACAGUCUUGCUGUAUAAAGAUGUACAUGGCAGUUCUCAAUACCAUGAUAAAAUAAAAGUAAACUGUAAGUAUCCUGUAUACAUGUUGUGUUCAUAGCUUGUCUCACACACACACACACACACACACACACACACACACACACACACACACACACACACACACACUGCCUUCUAUCAAAACCCUACAAAUGCCUUCAUAUGAAAUGUAAGUAUUUGGACAAUUAUAAGACUAUUGUAUGUAUUCUAAAAAAAGUUAUAUUAUGUUAACUAUCAGGGUUAUCAUGUUUCAUGUUGUCCUGUGUAUUAUAUACCUUGUUAAUAAUAUUCAUGACAAAAUAAA